AUGUCUCUGCUGGCGAAUCGCUGGGUGCAGCUGAUGCACAUCAAGAAGCAGAUUCAUCACAAGAACAAGGAGCUCCAGAAAUACAAAUGGCUGGCACGCAAGCGCUUGAAGGCGUUACGUCAAAUACGUAAGCAGCUGGCCGGAGCUGUCAAUCAACUUUUGGUCGACUAUUGCAAUAGACGGAAAUUGUCAUCCAGGGCACAGGCGAGGGCACAGGUCGCCCGGCUGUUGUUCAUUUACCAAAGUUCGCUGAUCAAGUGGAAAAAGAAGAACAAAUUGCAGCAGAAGAAAAUUAGGGAAUUGCGCGCUCAGGACGAUGAAGUAAAUGAGAGUUUGCGAAUUGUGCGCAAUCGAUUGAGAAUGAAUCCAAGACGCAAAUGGAUUAUUGCCAAAAGUCUGCGCAGACUUCGCAAGCCGAGCAAUAUGCGCUAUUUAUAUGGCAAUGCUGACGUAGAGAUUGAUCCAGAACUUUUCAAGAGCUUGCUAACGGAAUUGAAUUUCGUUGAAAGGUAUCUAAAAGAUCGGAAACAAAAGAAAAUACGCCAUGACGAUGAUAAUUUAAUUAAUAUAUCUACAUUCAUGACGUCGGAGGUCUUGCGGAAGCAUGUGAAGAAACAGAAACAGCAGAAAAAUCAAAACGUAGUCGAAGAUGAGCAAGAGAAAACGUUAAGUUCAAAGAAAAUCCGAUCCAAGUUCGGUAAAGAAUUGGCAUAUAAAACACUCCAGGAAAUUGAAUCAAGUGUAAAUAGUAUUAUUGGAAAAAAAAAAACAAAGGUCAACGCGAAGCAAAUGAUGGACAUGUUAAUAAAAGCCAAUGAACAGAAUCUGAAAAUAGAGCAGGAGAGUGAAAUGGACAACGGGAGUGAAAUACAUAAUUUGCCGCCACGCCUCGAAGUUCCGAAAGAUGCCAGUAAGUUCAAGAAAGGUAAAAAAAAACAACAACUGAAGCCCAGACAUACAGAAGAGCCCAAACAGGUUGAUGUGAUAGAUAGAAGAUUUCUACCGAAGGUCAUAUAUAAGCGACCCAGCUAUCGGAAAUCCAAUCGAGUUCCCAUUCAGGAAGAGUUACCACAGUUAAAGCCGAGUGUAGUGGAAAAUAUCAAACCAAUACGAACACCUUCUUUUUCGAGCACGAAAAAGCCGGCAAAGAGGAAGAGUUCGCAUAAGGAGAGAAAAUUAUCUGGGGAACUUGAAAAUGCAAAUCCGCCCAAUGAGACCGAAUCGAUGAUCGAACUAAACGCACUAGCCGCACACAAAUUUAAGGACUUGUAUCAGGGUAUCGAAGAUUUGAAACUGAAACGAAAUGAUGACAGUUCGAGCACCAGAUCAUAUCAAAGUCAAAGGGAAAGCAAAUCGCUGAUGUCCUAUAUUAAUAAACGAAAAAGAGAUUCCCGUUUGAGCGGCAAUGAGCCACAGGAGAAGCGAAAGAGUCACCAAUCUAACGAAGAUCAAAAGGUGGGCGAGCUGCAGCUGAAGCAACAGAAAACCUAUCUGCAACAACAGCUACGCAAACUGCAGCAGAAGAUGCGCGAUGGGAAGCCAGGAGGAGAUCAAUCCGAUGAGGAGCUCAAUGAGCUGUUGGGGGCAGGGCCAUCAGAGCUGCCCCCAGAGACAACCAGUCAGCCAGGCGAUUCGGUGGCAGUGAACAAGUUUGAGGAUCAAUUGGAGAAGGGGAAGACUGCACUGAAAAUAAUAUUCGAGGGCCUCAGCGAGGAGGGUCAGCCGAAAGAUGUUGCCGCGCUGUUGCGCAACAAAUCAGUGUCCGACAUCCACAGAUCCGAUUCAUACCAUGACGACUUGACUCGUGAGGUCUCAUUCCACGUAUCGUCCAAGCGGGCAACUGUUGGCUACGAGCUAUUGGCCAAAAUGGCACUGGAUAAUAAUAGUAAAAUAAUGGAAGUGCAAAAUGUUCUCAGGGACACAAUCUCAGCGCCCAGUUUACUGGAUGCGUUGGUCGAUCGCCAAGCGAUCAUCAAUACGGUGCGAAAUCACGAUUUGUGGAAUACUCUAUACGAUCUGUAUGCGAAUUUGAAGAACGUUCAAAUACCCCCGCCGGCGAUUUAUCAAAUGAUGCGCUCUCAGUAUUUGAAAUACAUUGGCGAAAUCGCCAACGAAGCGAUACAGAAUGGAGCGAAGAUCAUCAAACGUAAGCUCACGGCAAGCAAAUCGGAUAUGCGCCAGAGGGGGUACAGCGAUUCGCAGGAGGAUCUCAUGUCGUAUUUGCAGGCACCGAACGAACGGAAGAGUGCCAUGUCCUAUUCAUCGAUGGAAUACGAUCGAGUCUCUGGGGACUCAACAAUGUACCGGGAUCUGAGGCGCAUGGACGAUCGCUAUUCGGUGCUUGUGAUCCAGAGCAUCCUGAGUGCACAUUCCAAGUACUUUGAGCAUCUGGCUGCCAUGGAGCAAGCGUCCGAUGCCAUCCAGAAGGUGCAACAGCAGAUGCAAGAGCCGAAGAAGGCCAAGCCCGUUCAGCCAGCCCCGGCGAAGCAGGAGAAGAAGCGGCCAGCGUCGUGCCUCACGCGCUUGUUCUACGAGCCGCGUCGCACCUGCCGGCAGCGCCAGGCGGACGAGGAGCGCACGCCAUGCGAGUGCCCGUCGGAGGCCAAGCUGGAUGUGUGCAUUAAGUGCGGCGCCGAAUUGACGACGCUGCCAGAGAGCGAGCCAUCAUCGAGUCGCGCUGAUCUCGGCCUGCCGGACGAUGUCCUCACUGCCUGCAUGCACAAUCCAGAGGUGUUGCGGGCCACCGCAAAUAUUUGCGAGCGCUGCAGCUUUGUGCACAAGCCGAACGCGUUGUGCCCCAGCUUCAAGGCUGCGGGCGAUGGCGCCACCAGGCUGCAGCAGCAGUUGCAUCUUAUCAAGCACCAUGCCAGCAGCAAUCGCCAGCAUUUGGAAGGAUGCAGCUGCUGCUGCUGCUGCCAGCCGGCCGCCAGCGCCCAGCUAAACGCCUAAAGUGUUGCAACCGGCUACAGUUUAUGUGGCUGGCUGCCGCAGCUCGUGGCAAAUGAAACAUUUUGUUUAAGUGCAAAAUAAAUUCAAGUAAUGAGUUUGCAGCGUUUAUACACUCGCAUUCUGUUUGCGCAGGCGAAACAUGUACCAGACAUUUUCAUAAACGUUCCUAACCAAAUGCAAAA